AUGGUAUUGGAACUGCGUAGUGCUAAGAGAUUUCAAGCUAAUUGGCAUGCUGUGACUAAUGAAAAGGUCGGAAAUAUGAUUCAAACAAUAGCGGCUGAUUAUCAUAAUCAUUCUUCUUCUUCUUCUGGUCUGGUAAUCAAUCACGUCGCGUUUGGAAAGAAAUAUGAUGGUGGAAAGUGGUCUAGGUUUUAUGAAAUGAUUAAAGAAACUAAAGAAUUACUUGUGGAGUUCUGCAUAACAGACUUUUUUCCAUUGUUGGGUUGGAUCAAGAAGUUCAAUGGCCUUGAAGCAAAGAUUGGAAAAUGGACAGUUUCUAUGACAAAGUGA